UUUCUUAACGACACUUGCAUUUCUCACGACUACCAUGCCAUUCUCAGCCAAAAGCAUCUUCAGCGGAGCGCUCGGUAUCGCCGGCGACGAGGUCUCAAAGUCCGUGAACCGGCGCCCCGAGGUGAUCCUUCUGCGCAAGGUCCUGCCGUGGUCCAUCUUCACCGCCCAGCACCUGCUCAAUGCCUCAACCCUCCUCAUGUUCGCCAUCUACGAGCUCAAGACCACGACCCACCACUUUUUCCCGAUCGUGCACACCGCAAUCCGUGCCCUGAUCAUGCUUGUCGUAUUUGCCACCGCCGGCUACUUUAUCUUCACAAAGAAGAAGCACUGGGACAUCUGGAUGUCCCGCACCCACGCGCUGGGCUUCACCGGCAUGAACGCCCUUGUUGGAGCCCUUCUCUCGUACGACCCAAUGCUGCCUGAGAUCCAGGAAGGCGAAAGCAAGAACAAGAUCGGCCCGCAUGCGAAGCGCAUGUUUUAUGCUGCAGAGGUCUUUGUCGCCGUGUAUGUAAUCGGGUCGCUGCUGGUUCUUUUGUUUACGUACAAGGCCCGUACCAAGCUGCCUGGACAUGUCAAGCCGUUCCCCAAGGCUCCGGCCGAUGACUGUGCUGGCACAUACGCGCCGAAGCCUAUGUCCACCACCUACCAGGAUUCGAGCUACCUGUCAAGCACCAACAGCAGCAGCCACACCGUCGUGUCCGAUCCCAAGUUUUCCUUCUUGUGAACAUGGCCUCUCCCUAGCCCGCAAGUGACAUCAUACAGUCUCUUGGGUGUUCUAAG